AUGCCGCGCGUUAACUUCGAUCCGGAUAAGGACAUUCCGUUUCUACAGGACAAAGUCAUCUUCAUCACAGGCGGCACUGCUGGUCUUGGGCGAGCUUCAGUUAGAGCUCUUGCGAAACAUGACCCUGCCCAUAUCUACUUCGCAGGCCGUAACGCGCAAGCCGGUCAGGCGCUUAUCGACGAGAUCAAGAAUACCAGCCCGUCGGUGGGCAUGACGUUCCUUAAGAUGGACAUGACUUCGUUGUCCUCAGUUAAAAAAGCUUGUACUGGGUUUACUCAUGACCGUCUCGAUAUUCUAGUAUGUAAUGCUGGCAUCAUGGAUUUACCACCGGCCGUUAGCGAGGACGGCUUCGAAAUACACUUCGCAGUCAACCAUCUUGCGCACGCCAUGAUUAUCCAACAAGUCCUACCCGUCCUACAGAGAACCACAGAACUACCCGACUCCGACGUGCGAGUCGUCGCUCUGACUUCCGCCGGCUGGCGAGCACAUCCGAAAAACGGAGUAGAUUUUGCCACGAUCCGCACGAAGCAGGAGGAUUUUACCAUGAUGGGAUUCAACCUUCGUUACGGAGCUAACUGGGGGGAACUCCUCAAUAGGCAAAACAAGAUCGCUAAUGUAAUAUACGCAGCCGAGAUUGGACGGCGGUACCCCAAGAUCAAGGCCGUGUCCAUCCACCCGGGCGUCGUCACCACAGAUCUCGUGAACAACUUACCGCCGAUGAGAAAAGCGUUCGUGUAUGGCACGAGCUGGUUACUAGGCAACGGUGUAGUGGACGAAAGCAAGGGUCGCCUGAACCAGCUCUGGGCGGCGGCAGGCGCGAAGAGAGAUGAGCUGGUAAGCGGAGCGUAUUAUACACCUGUUGGUGUACGAGGUAAGCUGGAUGAGAUUGCGAAAAGUGAGGAGUUAGGUCGCGAACUGUGGUCGUGGACUGAUGAAGUAUUGGCAAAGAUGGUAUAA